UAAAUGAGCAUAUAGCUUAUGAUCAAAAUGAACGGCGAAGACGGACUCAUAUAGCCGACCCCAAAUGAUUGGGACAUAAGACUUGGUUUUGUUUAGUUUGUAUUGGUUUGGUUUGCUUCGUCUAUGCAACAAUGAAAUGUCUUGAAGCCUGUUGUUGAUUUACUUUUUAUCAGCGAAGAUGGAGAACUUUACUUCGUUAUUCAUAGCUUCUGUUUUGGUGUUAACAUUACCUCAGCCACGAGAUUACAGGUACAAGAAUCAACAACCUUUUCAAAAAUGUCCACAGCUUCUACUACCAAAUUUUUAGACUGCUGGACUGAUUUUCUUCUAUGCGACAGUUACAAAUUCUAGACUGAGGGCCUGGUUUAAAUGGCCCAAUAACUUUCAUGCAGAGCCAACUGAUGAACCUAACCUGGUUACCAUUGCCCAUAUUGUUUUAAUUUCUGACGACAACUAUCUUUUGCCCCAUUCUGUAAGUUUGCCACUUUCCAGGAAAUCACCGAAUUGUUGGGUGUCAUGACCACCAAUAUGCACCAAAUUUGGUGUGAGCAUAAUUGUUUAAAAAGACAUUGUUGCUAUAUUUAAGAUUUUAUGGUGUACUUUGUUGUCUAAUAGAGGGAAAUUUUCAUAACAGUUCCUUGAUGAUCAUUUCUUGAGACCUAUUCUAUAUGAGUACAUAACAGGUCAGGUGGGAAGAAGAUUUUGUAAGUGAUCAUCAAGAACGGAUUUCCCCAUGGGAGAUUGAUCCUUCAGUUUCUCUCCCACCCUUGGGCUUCCAGUCCCCGCCAAGGCUUAAGAAACUGCGGAUGAAUGUGCAGGCUAGCCCACCCGACACCCCUGUUGGUGGUCGGUGUGGGUUUUUGGACUUUGAGGAGUCUGUGAGAUCCUCUAAGGUCUUGCAAGGUCAAGAAAAUGUAGGUUUGGUGUCACCUUUCUAUGGAAGUAAUAAGGCGCACCGCCCAGUGGAUUUUGGGAUGCAAUCCAUAGCGUGUCAAAGUCUCACGUCAAAUGGGAUAGAAGGGACAAAAUUUGGGGAGUUCGUGAGGAAUCAGCCAUCCACCACUUACUCGGGCUUUGUGGAAUCAAAUAGGUUUCCAAAGGUCUUGCAAGGUCAAGAAAUUUGCUCAUUGAGAUCUCUGACUGGAAAAACUGAUCUCAACCUUGGUUCUUGGAGAAAAUCUGAUCUUGGUUGCAAUUUUCUCAACAUGAAUCAAAGACCCACACCCAGUUGCUACCCACUUGCUUCUGAAGGUGUUAGGAACAUAUUCAUUCCUUAUAAUGACAUCUAUAGAGCCGGCCAAGAUCCUCUAAUGUACUCCUAUAGGACGAACAUCCCAAGAGAAAAAGUCCCUUUCAACCCGACUUCCUUUCAAAGUGGGGUUAUGAUGGAUGAAGUUAAAAGGCCACCAGAAGUGAUUUCUGCACCUCUCAAUUUGGAAGCAAAUUUCAAAAGUCAGAAAGAUGAUACCUUAAAGGGCUUGGUGAGUUGCUGUAAACUAUUUGGGUUUCCCUUGAAUGAAGAAAUUCCAAGUUCUACUCAGAGGAACCGCACAAAGGUCCACAAGCAAGGGAACUUGGUGGGAAGAGCCAUUGAUCUCUCAAAACUGAAUGGUUAUGAUGACCUGCUGAUUGAACUGGAGAAACUCUUUAAUAUGGUGGGCCUCUUACGAGAUCCUGACAAAGGUUGGCGAAUUGUGUACACCGACAGUGAGAAUGACCUGAUGAUUGUCGGGGACGACCCAUGGGAUGAGUUUUGUAAUGUGGUGUCCAAGAUCCAUAUAUACACCCAAGAAGAAGUGGAACAAAUGACAGCUCAGGUGAUGUUGGAUGAUACUCAAAGUUGUUUGGAAGAAGCGCCAGCGGUAAUGGGGUGUCGAAGUAUUCAUCAGUGAGCCAGCCGGGUUCUUCUCCAACAGUGAUUAGGGCCUGAAACCCAGUAUUCCUUAAUUAUGAAAUUGCUGUCUUCUUGUUUGCUACCUUUUACUCUUGAACUGUAGUAUUAUCCUCUUUAUGGUUCCUAAACUCUUUUAAGUUUAGUACUUGCCAUCCUUGGUGGAACAUAUGACACUUAAGCUGUAAGCUGCUGCUGCUGCUUCACACUUGUGCCAUGUUAUAAACUGCAUGCAGUCAUGUGACUAAUGUUAUGGGUAUGUUAUGAAAUUAUGUGAACAUUUGGGUGAUUAUG